AUGCUGCAGGUAUACUUUACCUCGUCCAAGCUCAAGUCAUAUCUACCGGACUGGCUCGUCGUCAUUGGACUCAGUCUAUUCUUUUUCUACUUUACCGAAACACUUCAACCAUUCCAACGACAAUUCUACAUCAAUGACCCCAAGAUCGGACAUCCGUUUGCACAAGUCGAGCGCGUCACCGAUGACCAGCUAUACGUAUACUCCACGCUCAUACCCAUGUUCAUCAUCUCCAUCAGCUCGUUGUAUCUAGGGCAGACGAAUUUCGACAAGUUGCACUUGAUGCAAGUAUCGAAUCUAGGCUUGUUGUUGAGUGUAAGCUCAGUCUCGGUGCUAACGGAUUUUUUAAAAGUUUGGAUCGGUACGCCCAGGCCCGAUUUCAUCGAGAGGUGCGGUCCUCGCGUGGGGACUCCACUCGAUACAAUGGUGACUGCUAGCGAGGUGUGCACGGCACCAUUGGGAGCCAUGUAUCUUGCCGAUGGUAUGAAAUCUACCCCCUCAGGCCACUCGUCGAUGGCGUUUGCUGGCUUGUGUUAUUUGUCGCUUUGGCUCAUUGGCCAGUUCAAGAUUAUCAGCAACAAGGAUAAUGAAAAAUACAGAAUGCCAUGUGUGAUUAUUGCCUUUUUGCCAGUGUUGGGUGCUUCAUAUAUCGGACUCAGCAGGACUCAGGACUAUAGGCAUCAUUUCUUUGAUGUCUGCUUUGGAAGCUUGUUGGGGAUCAUGUUUGCUUUCGGGUCGUACUACAAGUACUUUAGACGGUUAACGGUUGACGAGAGUAAUAAACCUAUAGAUUAUAAUCAAGUAUAG